AAAGAAAGAAUGGAGCUGCGCUUAGUUGUAGUGGCCAUGGCGCUCCUCCUCGGCUUUCAUGACUGGUCCGUUCUUCCCUCGUUCGUAUUUGUCAACGGCCAGGUCAAGUAUGUUUUGUAGCCAAAUUCCGCUGCUUUUUCGUUGCUUUCAUUCAAACAGUAGGCAACGAUGAGGUGGGUUGGGGUGGAAUUGCGUUAGAAUGAAGAGGGGCGGUAUCGGUAAUGGUGCGUGAGGGCAGAGACGAGAUGGACGGGGAGGUCGGUUAAAGAAUUUGAAGGUGUGGAGUUGGAUGAGGUGGUAGAGAUGGGGAAUCAAAUGGGGUGCUUUGGCGGAGGGGAGCCGAAGAAGAAAAAGAAGGUAGUGACCGGGGGAUUGCGGAAGCGAGGGGGCUGGGAGGAUGGGGUGAUCGAGCAGCAGGCAUUAGCAAAGGCGUUGCAGCAGCAGCAUAAGGCUCAGAUGAGAUUCGAACGGAAUGCGUCAAGCCAGGAGCAGGGGGCGAAAAUUGUGCCCCCUAGGAAAAGUUACGCGGGUAGAACGGCGGGAGGUGCAUACAAAGAUGAAUUCAAGCGUAGUGCAAGUACUCGUGCUCGGCACCUCGAUGACCUGCUGCUUGAUCCUCGCCAGCUUGUUAAUGGCUCCAAGGAAGGAGUUGUAAAAGCAAGUAUCGAAACAAAACAUUUUGUGUUGGUACACGGAGGGGGCCUUGGAUCAUGGUGUUGGUACAAGUCUAUAGCGUUACUUGAGGAGUCGGGGUUGGUGGCCACUGCCAUCGAUUUGAGGGGAUCGGGGAUCGACUCGAUGGACCCAAAUGAGAUCGGUAGUAUGGCAGUAUAUGCUGAACCCCUUCUGAACUUCCUAGAUAAGCUAGGGUCAGAUGAAAAGGUGAUUCUUGUGGCUCACAAUAUUGGGGGAGCUUGUAUAUCAUAUGCGAUGGAGUGCUUUCCCGGUAAAGUAUCUAAAGCCGUUUUUGUCGCUGCCGCCAUGAUAACAGAUGGUCAACGGGCAUUCGAUGUGUUUGUGCGGCAGGAGAAGAAUGAAGACGAUUUAAUGCGCAAGGCACAGAGAUUUUUGUACAAGAAUAGGACGUCCAGUACUCCGACAGCAGUUGAGCUCGACAGAAAUUCAGUGAAGGAUUUGUUCUUUAAUAGGAGUCCAGCUAAGGACGUAGCACUAGCAAUGGUGUCCAUGAGACCCAUCCCUUUUCCACCAGCCAUGGAAAAAAUUACGUUGACAAGUGAAAAGUACGGCAGUGUACGGCGUUUCUAUAUCGAAACAGUUGUGGACCACGCUCUGCCGUUUGAGUUGCAACAAAACAUGAUCAAUCUGAACCCUCCAGAACAGGUGUUUACAUUGAAAGGAAGUGAUCACUCCCCUUUCUUUUCCAAGCCCCAGUCUCUGCACAAAACCCUAGUUGACAUCGCGAUGAUUGGUGCAAAGUAGGUGUCUCGUUUGUUGUCGUACUCAUGAUUGUGACUGCACACUUCAUUCCUGUUCCUGGGAGUGUGCAAGGCUCAUGAAGAUACAGUAACGCCUCAUGUGCAUGCAUAAGCGACGAAUACUUGUAGCAGGCAUAAGAAAUGAUGCCGCCGACGUUGGGAGAGUAGACACUGUACACGCGGCAUAUGGACACGGGAUUUGCACUUUGUCACAGUGCCUGUAGAGUAGUUACGAAGAGGAGAAGAGGAGAACGCAUUGAAUCAUCGGGUGCAUUUUAUUAGUUUUGCAGAGUGUGUAAAAGGGGGACUAGCAACUACGGCAAACUAAGGGCAGUUCACAUUGACUUGGUUCUGCCAAAACAGUUAAUUGUGGAUCAUUAAUGGUUCAAUGUGACGGCUGCAAUUCGCUUGUUAUUGAUUACUGGUCUAGAUUGGCGUUUUUAGAUCUACACCAGUUGAGGAAGUUGGUCAUUAUAUUAUCUUAUUUGAUCUAAGGUUCAUAUUAUUCAGGUAUAUAGAGGAAUUUAGCAUUGUUGGAUAUGAUUGGGUUUUUAUCGUGUAGCCGUAUUAUUUGGUUUCAGGGAAUGGCAUUUCGUUCUUCAAUGUCACCAUUAGUAUACACCCAAGCUCUGCUACUGAUUUCUGCACUUACUACGACUAUCUGCAACUUGAGUUAUGAGGGUUUGGAAUAAAGAUGAUCUGUAUUAUCCUUUGGCUAA